GAGAGAGGGGAAGGGCCUUAGUAGGGACCGCUGGGAUUCCUCUUCGGCCCCGAUACCAUCGCCAUCCGUCCUAGGGUUCGCCGUCCGGCACCUACUUCUUGGUACAGCGGCCCUCCCGGCCCUUCCUCCGCCUGCGUAACUGCCCUCCUUGAUGCAGGACAGCGCGGCUGCGGAGGACGGCGACAAGGAGACUUUCGCGAAGAAACCGCGGCACUGCGAAGCAAAGAUGCCCCUUGCUGAUUCCAACGAAGACUCCUUCCUCUUUCCCGUGGAGGAGAUCGUCCAGUACCCGCUGCCGGGAUACGUCGCCCCCUCCGCCAUCAGCUUCAGCCCUGAUGGGCGCCUGAUCUCCUAUCUCUUUAGCCCCGAUGGUACCCUCCAUCGUAAAGUCUUCGUCUUUGACGUUGCUUCGCGGCGGCAAGAGUUGGUGUUUAGCCCACCUGAUGGAGGCGGCCUCGACGAGAAUAAUCUCUCGGCUGAAGAGAAGCUGAGGCGGGAGAGGUCAAGGGAGAGGGGAUUGGGUGUCACGAGGUACGAGUGGAAGGCGAGGUCAACGCCCUCUUCUUGCUUUCCUCCAGGGAAGCCCACUAUCAUGGUGCCAUUGCCAAAUGGGGUAUAUUUCCAGGAAAUAUCAGGCUCAGAGCCAGAGCUCAAGCUGACAUGUUGUGCUGGUUCGCCAAUCAUUGACCCACAUCUGUCACCAGAUGGAAGCAAGCUCGCAUAUGUCAGAGAUGAUGAACUCCACGUUUUGAAUCUGUCUGGUGGGGAACCUAACCAAUUAACUUUUGGAGCAAGUGAAAACCAAAAGACUUAUGGUCUUGCUGAAUACAUUGCUCAGGAAGAGAUGGAUAGGAAGACUGGAUUUUGGUGGUCUCUUGAUAGCAAGUAUAUUGCAUUUGCUGAGGUUGACUCAGCUGAGAUCCCUCUUUUCAGAAUCAUGCACCAGGGGAAAAGUUCAGUUGGCGUAGAUGCACAGGAAGACCAUGCAUACCCUUUUGCUGGAGCUGCUAAUGUAAAGGUUCGACUCGGAGUUGUUCCUGCCUCUGGUGGUGAAGUUACUUGGAUGGACCUUAUUUGUGGAUUAUCAGGUGAAGCUGGUGGAGAUGCAGAAUAUCUAGCUAGAGUCAAUUGGAUGCCAGAUAAUUCUCUUAUAGCUCAGGUCCUCAACAGGUCCCAUUCCAAAUUAGAGAUUUUUAAGUAUGAUAUUCAAACUGGACAAAAGGAAAUUUUACUUGUAGAAGAGCACGAUAUCUGGAUAAACUUGCAUGAUUGCUUCACACCUUUAGAUAAAGGAGUGAAUAAUUUUUCUGGUGGUUUCAUUUGGGCAAGUGAAAAGACUGGUUUUAGGCACCUCUACCUUCAUGACAAGAGUGGGGCUUGCUUAGGACCCAUUACACAAGGUAAUUGGAUGGUUGAGCAAAUCGCCGGUGUAAAUGAAAAUGCAGGUCUUAUUUACUUCACUGGCACCAUGGAUGGGCCAUUGGAAUUUAACUUAUAUUGCACUAGCCUUAUUCCAGACUGGACUAUUCCUUUAAAACCACCAAUGAGGUUGACUCAUGGCAGUGGAAGACAUGCAGUUAUCCUUGAUCAUCAGAUGCAGAGAUUUGUCGAUGUCCAUGAUUCUCUUAACUCUCCUCCCAGAGUAACCCUUUGUUCCUUGCAUGAUGGGAGUCUGAUAUUUCCGUUGUAUGAGCAGCCUCUUACUGUUCCUCGUUUUAGAAAGUUACAACUUCUAUCGCCGGAGAUUGUGCAAAUAUCUGCUAAAGAUGGUACAACUUUGUAUGGGGCUUUAUACAAACCUGAUGCAAAAACAUUUGGGCCACCUCCCUAUAAAGCAUUGAUUGGUGUUUAUGGUGGUCCUAGUGUUCAGCUUGUGGUUGAUUCAUGGAUAAAUACAGUUGACAUGAGAGCGCAAUACCUACGGAAUAAGGGAAUCUUAGUGUGGAAGCUAGAUAACAGAGGGACUGCAAGGCGAGGAUUGAAGUUUGAGGGCCAUCUGAAGCAUAACUUUGGCCAGCUAGACGUGGAAGAUCAAGUGACAGGUGUAGAGUGGCUUGUGAAGCAAGGUCUUGCCAAAGCAGGCCAUAUUGGUAUAUAUGGUUGGAGCUAUGGGGGCUUUCUGUCAGCAAUGAGCCUGGCAAGGUUUCCCAACACUUUCUGCUGUGCAGUAUCAGGUGCCCCAGUGACUUCAUGGGAUGGAUACGACACAUUCUACACCGAGAAGUAUAUGGGCUUGCCGGAUGAAAACCCUGAAGGCUAUGAGUACGGAUCAAUAAUGCACCAUGUGGACAAGCUGAAAGGGAAGCUACUCCUUGUUCAUGGAAUGAUCGACGAGAAUGUGCACUUCAGGCACACAGCUAGACUUGUAAACUCACUCAUUGCCGCUGGCAAGCCGUACGAGCUUCUGCUUUUUCCAGAUGAAAGGCACAUGCCGCGUCGGCUACGAGAUCGUGUUUACAUGGAAGAGAGGAUCUGGGAAUUCAUAGAGAGAAAUUUGUGAGAGGUGCAGAAUUUUUCCUCCUUUGCUAGUUGAAUUGGUAUAUGUGCCAUUACCAUCAGUCUGGUUGAAGGUCCAGUUAUGGAAGCCUUGAACUGGAAGGCCGGUCCAAACCCUUCAGAUUUUCUCAAAUAAAAAAGAUUUGAGGAUCAGUUUCCUCGUAGGGUUUCCUUGGAAAUAAGUUAAGUGGGAGCUUUUGUUGGAUUGAUGUUAUCCGGACAAUUUGGACAAUGGAGAUUGAGUGGUUACCUUCAUGUAUUUAUUGUAUGACCAGCAACAAAUUCCCGUCUGAUUCGAGAUGAGUUCUGAAGGCAUUCUUUCUGUUUAACCUAGCAAUGGUUGAAUCUCCCA